CUUCUUUUAUCAUUAUGAUAUCAUUUCCGCCCGCUAGUGCGUAGACGAGACUUGCGAUGUGACUAACAUCAGAUUUUAAUAUUUUUAAAGAUCUCUCAAACUACCAUCCUUUUCAAAGGCAUACGUAGAGUAAAAUAAUGGCUACAAUAGCAACUGAGGUAAAGCCAGAGUGGAAGGCUGCUAUGAAAGCCUUAGAAGACCAAAACAAAGCACAAGAAUUUCCUGACAAACCAGAAUGGACAAAAGCCAUGCAGGCAUUACAAAAAAUAGAAACUGGAAAUAAAGGGAAAGGUAAAUCUGAAGACAAUUCUGCUGUUGAUUCUAACUCCUCUGAUGAUUCGGGAGUCCCAAAUGGCAUGGGUGAUUGUAAGAGUGGUAAUACAAGUUUCCAGAAUAAUUCUCAAGAUAUCAACAAUAUGCCUCCCAUGUCAUCGCCUCAUAUGAAUCAAAGUCCUCAAUUUGGUUUUGGAUAUCCACCUCCUGGUAUUGGAUAUGGCCCACCAAAUGUUUAUCAGCAGUAUGGAUAUCCUUAUGGAUAUGGCAGUGGAUACAUGGGAAAUCCUUAUGGUGGUCAUCCACCAUGGAUGAACAACUAUGGCCCUCCUGGAAAUUUUAGUAAUGGCAGCCCUGGACCUCGUGGGCCUAUGGGCCCUUCACCUGGUCCUUUUUACAAUCAAGGAAUGGGUCUACCACCUAAUCGUGAGAAUUUUUGUGGUCCUCCUCAACGAUAUAAUUUCAAUGAUAGUCCUAAACAAAAUACGGAUAUAGACAGAGGAUCAGAAAACCAUUCUGGGGAUGGAUCUCAUGAAUUCCACAAUCAAGGGCCUAGGUUUCAAAGAAAUAAUAAACAAGCACCAGGAGCUGGUGGCAUAAGAUUCCAACUUGCUAAGCGCAAAAAUUUGAGUAGUGGCAGUCCAAUGGAUAACCCUCUGCGAACACCAAAUAAAUUUAUGAGGAAUGAUAUGGCAGCCAAUUCUGAUAGUAAUUCUGUUUCAAAGAAUUCAUCUAAGGAUCAAGAUAUAAAAUCAGGCACUAUGUCAACAGAAGCAGCAGGAGAAUGGCCCCAGGCUCUAAAAGAUUAUGUGCAAAGAGCAUUUGCGUCUGUAGUGAAUGAACACCAGAAAGAUCAAGUCGAGCGUGUUUUAAAAGAAAAGCUUACAAACAUCUUCAAUUCGCCUGGUGGGGCAAAUGCCAUAGACUGGGAAAAUGAGCCAUUACCUAUAGAUGAUGCAAAACUAAACAGUGUGGGCAAUCAGAAUCAGACACCAAAGUUUGGCAGUGCCAAUAGAAUGAUGAAUUUCCAGCAUAGCAUAAGAGGAGCUGUUAAUCAAAGGAAUAUGGGGACACCUCAGAGGCCACUUUACUCUAGAGACAGAGUGCCUACUUACAGAAGGUCAAGCAGCCGUUCAUUUUCUAGUUCUUCUCGAUCUUGGUCCAGGUCUAGAUCUCGUUCUAGAUCUCGGUCCAAUUCCAACACUAGAAGAAGAAGAAAGUUACGUCACAGCAGUGACAGUAGGAGUCCUUCCUCAGAAUCAAGUAGAUCUAGCCCUGGAAGAGGUAGAUUUGGAAAAACUAGAGGAUUUGGUGCUAAAUCUCCAAGAGGAAGAGGUAGAGGUGGUAAAAUAAUUGCCAAAGGUGAAGGCGACACACUAACGUUGUCUACAAAUAAGAAAAAUAAGAAGAAAAAUCAACACCAAAAAGGAUUCCUUAAGUUUACAUUGGAUGAUGAUCCAAUGAAAAAGGCAAGAAUGGAAAUAAGAGCUGCCCGAUUUGCUGGACAGUUGCACAAACCUAAGCAAAAGCUUAUGAUUACCAUCAAUGAUUCUGUCAAUACUAGCUUGAAAGAAGACGAUAAAGAUUUAACAGAGUUCACUGUUGUUGGGACAUGUCAGGACAUAGAGAAACCGUAUUUGAGACUUACAGGAGCUCCAGAUCCUAAACAAAUCCGUCCACUGGCUGUCCUAAAGAAAGCUCUGGCCAAUGUUCAGGAGAAGUGGCAAAAAAACACAGAUUAUCGCUAUGCUUGUGAACAGUUAAAAUCAAUUAGGCAGGACCUUACUGUUCAAGGUAUUAGAGAUUCGUUCACCGUGCGUGUUUAUGAAACCCAUGCACGGAUUGCCAUGGAAAAAGGGGACCAUGAAGAGUUCAACCAGUGUCAGACUCAGUUGAAGCUUUUGUAUCAUGAAGGGCUUAAAGGCAACCAACUUGAGUUUAAGGCUUACCGGAUUCUUUAUUAUAUUUAUACUUCAAAUACUCUUGAUCUGACAACUGCUCUAGCUUCCUUAACACAUGAAUGCAGGAACGACAUCUGUAUAAAACAUGCAUUAGAUGUCCGAAUAGCUUGGUCACUUAAUAAUUAUCACAGGUUUUUCAAAUUGUAUGAGAGUGCACCUAAAAUGUCUGGCUAUUUAAUGGACUGGUUCAUUGACAGAGUUAGAAAAAGUGCUCUCAAACUUAUUAUAAAAUCGUAUCGACCUGUCCUUCCAAUCGAGUUUUUCCAGAAAGAGCUGGCUUUUACGGACAAGGCUAAGUGCUUGGAGUUCCUACAAGAAAAGGGGGUGGCAUUAUUUGACCACAAUUCUUCAGUGGACUGUAAAGCAAAUAUGGGCAUAUUGCAAUCAUUAUAAGGAAACAGAAAAUAUUUUCUGUUUUCCAUGUUGUUGACAUUUUUGCUCAUUGUGAUACACCGAUACCUGCACCACAAAAGUUAUAGGACAUGAACUGUUUGCAACCCCCUUUUGGAUUUCAUACUCUUCAGUGAAAUUUUGAGGGCUUCCUAAAAUCCUCUAUAUAUCCUGCUCAUAGUUUAUCUGCUCUAAAUGAACAUUGCAAAGAUGAUUCUGCAGCUUGUAUGACGUCACUUUCCCCAGUUACAGAGUACCCGUAUAAAGUGCAGUGUGUUGUAGGAUGAGGAAGCCCCAAAUUUCAGAUGUGUGUGCCGUAUUAUUCUGCUUGAUGUGUCCAGAUCACCCCAUCCCCUUAUACACUACUCCUGGCCCCAUCUCCCACCCUAUUGAGAUCUGGGCACACUCAAGUUCUUGUGUAAAUUUAGCAAGCAGCAUUGAGAUAUGGGAGUAGCUUCUAACACUGCAGCAUAUCAGUACAAACAAACAGCACACUUCUAACAAACCCACGAAAUGUUCAACAUCUUGAUCUCAGAUGUAAAAUAUACUUCUGCUACAAGAUUCUAGAGAAAAUCCAAAGUUUACAUUAUCAACAAAUUACCAUCUUGCCAGUUAUAGAUGUCUGCCACAAGAAUCAAGAAGACCACAUUACCUUCCAUAGGUUCACUGCUGUAUCAAAAUGAAAAAUAAAUAGUUAAUGCAAAGUUCAAGUCACAAAGAGUAAAGCAAAUAAAUCAAGCCUGCCAAUGUAUAAGAUAUGCUAGAAAUGUACAGCUGAGCUCUUAAAUUGAUUCAUAUAUCCUAUUGUCAAGCCUGAAACUUUACAUGAUCUGUUGAUCCUGCUACAUCCCAGUUACCCAUGCCCAGAGCUGAACCUGAAAACCAUAAUCCGACGUUUUAUCCAAAGUCCUCCAGUUGUCCAUGUUAUGUUGUUAACCCUCAUGCAAGAAUCUUUCUUUUCCCGAUGCUGAAACUGCAAGAAUCCAGCAAUCCAGAGUCUAGUGCUGAGCUCACAAGAAGUAAUAUUUUCUUUUGCUGACCCUGCAAGAAACCUGUUGCUCUGCUGCUGACCCUGCAAGAAGUUACCAUUGUCUGUGGCUGACCCUGCAAGAAGUUACCAUUGUCUGUGGCUGACCCUGCAAGAAGUUACCAUUGUCUGUGGCUGACCCUGCAAGAAGUUACCAUUGUCUGUGGCUGACCCUGCAAGAAGUUACCAUUGUCUGUGGCUGACCCUGCAAGAAGUUACCAUUGUCUGUGGCUGACCCUGCAAGAAGUUACCAUUGUCUGUGGCUGACCCUGCAAGAAGUUACCAUUGUCUGUGGCUGACCCUGCAAGAAGUUACCAUUGUCUGUGGCUGACCCUGCAAGAAGUUACCAUUGUCUGUGGCUGACCCUGCAAGAAGUUACCAUUGUCUGUGGCUGACCCUGCAAGAAGUUACCAUUGUCUGUGGCUGACCCUGCAAGAAGUUACCAUUGUCUGUGGCUGACCCUGCAAGAAGUUACCAUUGUCUGUGGCUGACCCUGCAAGAAGUUACCAUUGUCUGUGGCUGACCCUGCAAGAAGUUACCAUUGUCUGUGGCUGACCCUGCAAGAAGUUACCAUUGUCUGUGGCUGACCCUGCAAGAAGUUACCAUUGUCUGUGGCUGACCCUGCAAGAAGUUACCAUUGUCUGUGGCUGACCCUGCAAGAAGUUACCAUUGUCUGUGGCUGACCCUGCAAGAAUCUGUUGCUCUGAUGCUGGCCCUGCAAGAAGUUGCCAUUGUCUGUUGCUGAUCCUGCAAGACCCCUUUUGUUCUGAUGCUAACCCUGCAAACAUCCAUUUUGCUGAUCCAUUUUAUGAUAAAAAUGCUUCUGAUGCUGAGCCAAAAUAAUUGAAUAUAUCAAGUUGAAAUAUCAAGAAAAAGUCCAUCCAAUUACAAGUAUUCCUGCAUUCUUGAAACCAUACAUAAAUUUUAAGCAUGAAGAUCCAUUUAAGAAUUUCCAGUUAGAAAGAGGACAAGCAUCUAGUUCCAAACUAGUCACCCAUAUUUACAAUUCAUGAAGCAAUCCCUAUUUCAAUGUUGCAGAUGCUUGAUUUUUAAGUUAAUUUAAUGAUUGGGUGGUUUAAGUAAAUAGCUUCAGUGAAAGAACUCAUUACCUUCAGCACUACAACCAUGGUCAGCUCAAAAGGUCAUGAUAUCCUGAGAUGGCAGGCAGUCAGGUCCUCUCUUUAACCCACACCAGGCCUAUAAUAAUUUUAUGUAUUACUCUAAUUUUUCAAUUCUCUUUCAGGAUUAUCAGAUUUGUCUUUUGUAUAGGUUUAGAUAAUGUAUACCUUGUUCACCUGUGUAUUCAAUUUGAAGCUAUAUAAAGCUAUUGGUGAUGAUUAAGAACAUUAGUUACAGAUAAACCUGUGAAAAUUUUAAUGACGAUGUUAUGAUGAAACAUUGUUACCACAGUUUAUAAGAAAUAUGGAAUUGUAUAAAUACAAGACAUUUUGAAAGUGAUAUACUGACAUAAACAUUUAUGAACAUACACAUUGUGUAUCCAGUGAUUUCUUUUACUUUGCUGUGUAAAUACAUAUGUUAGCAGUAGUUGGACAAACAGCUGUUAUUUUUCUCCUCACUCACAGCUGCUUAGACUCAUCCCAGGUACUUGUGUUAGUUUGUGAGAAUGUUUUUUAAAUUUACUUUGGUAAGUUGUGUGGCAUAGAAAUGGAAUGGUUUAGUACAUAUUUAAUGUUAUUUGUUUAGGAUUUUUUAUGGAUCUAAGUUUAUGGUAGAAAAUGUGCAAUCAAAAUAUAGAAAACAAAGAUCUAUUCUGAAAACCUCAAGGAAUAUUAAUUUUAUGUCCCUAGGCUUUUAUAAUAAAUCUUGUUUUCUGUAUAUUGUUAAUUAGUUCCUCUACUAAACUAAGUGAAAAAAUCUAUGAAAAUUUUCACUUUGGUUUAUACAUUUGGUAAGUUUUUGCACAAUGAAGCUAUAUAUAGAUGUCACUGUAUAGUUUAUCAGUUACUAUUAUUUAUUGAACAUUGUACUUGUAUGAUCUGACUUGAAUGGCUGAGUGUUAAAUAACUUGGCUUGUUUUAAUAUUGUAUAAAUUUGUUUAUGAUGUAUAGCUGAUCAUUGUUUGGUAAGUCCUAUAGCUCACAAGGUAAGAAGUUUCCUAAGUUUUAUUGUUGUUGAUGAAAGACCUGGAGUGAUUGGUCAAGUUUAGGUAGUUUCACCACCCUGAGGAGCAGUCACUCUCCUUGUAAAUAUUCCACAGGUAGCAGUAGCCUUUCCUUGUGUUAUUAUUACACAACUCGUUCUUUGUAAUACUAUAGUAUAUAAAGCUACACAUGUUCUUAAAUAAGUAGGGUUAUGAGUGUCUGUUGGUAGGGUAUGCUAGUUUGAUUGUACUUUGUGUGUACUGUUUACUUAUAAAUGAUAUCAAUAAAACAAAAUAACUAAAAUCA